AUGGCAAAGACUCCUCAGGAUUUGCAAAUCGCCAUUCUGGGCGCCGGCAUGGGUGGUCUUACCACUGCUCUUGCUCUGGCUCAGCGCGGUUUUAAGAACAUUGAUGUUUAUGAGCAUGCACACGAUCUUGGUUUCGUUGGCGCUGGUAUCCAGCUUGCGCCUAACAUGGCCCGUGUUCUGGAUAACCUCGGUGUCUGGAAGGGCAUUGAGGCUGAGGCUGUAAACAUUGGAAGCACUUCUGUCCGUGUUGGUGCCGAUGACAGCGAGCUUGCCCACGUCGAGCUUGGCUACAUUUUGGAGACUUACGGAUAUCGUCACAUGGUCGGUCACCGUUCAUCAUUGGCCAACGGCCUUUACCAGGGCUGCCUGAAGGAGUCCGCUAUUAAAUUCCACUUCGCUACCACCGCAUCUGAGGUCGACUCAUUCGGCCCCCGGCCGUCAUUCACCGCUACCCCUCGCGACGGCGAGCCCUCCUACAAAGUCACAUGUGACGUCCUGCUAGGAGCUGACGGAAUUAAGAGUGAGACUCGCGAAUCCAUGCUGAAGCUCCUGAACGUCGAGGCCACCAUCAGGGAUACCCACCAAGCCGCCUACCGUAUUAUGAUCCACAAAGAGCAAAUCAAAGACGACCCCGAGCUUCUGGCCCUGAUUAAUAGCACCCGAGUUACCCGCUGGAUCGGCGAAAAGCGCCACAUCAUCGCCUACGCCGUCUCCAACAACACAAUCUACAACAUCUCUACCACCCAGCCCGAUACCAACUUCGCCGGAGCCCUCAACGCCACUUACACUACCAAGGGCUCCAAGUCUGCCAUGAUGGAGGUCUUCAGCGACUUCUGCCCCAUGGUCAAGCGUCUCCUCGACUACGUCCCCGAGGGCGAGGUCUGCGAAUGGAAGCUGCGUACUCAUGAUCCCCUCCCUACAUGGGUGCACCAGCAGGUUGCUCUUGUUGGUGAUGCCUGUCACCCUACCCUCCCCCACUUGGCCCAGGGAGCUGCCCAGGCCAUCGAGGAUGGAGCCGUUAUCGCUGCUGCUCUCGCCCGUCUCCCCGAUACGACCCCCGAGUCCAUUAACAAGGGUCUCCGUGUCUACGAGAAGGUCCGCAAGGGUCGUGCCGAGGUUCUUGUCGAGAUGGCGGCGGCUUCUGGCCGUGCUCUGCACUUGGGUGACGGUGCUGCUAAGGCGGAGCGUGAUCGUCAGUUCGCUGCUCUCAAGGCACAGGGUGGUAAGGGUCCUGUGCCGGAUAAGUGGGCUGAUGCCGAUGUCCAGCGUGAGAUCUAUGGAUUUGACUGCGUCAAGGUCACGGAGGAGAAAUUUGACGAGUACUUUUCCCAGAUGUAA